AUGGAUCCCGAGGAAUAUAACAAAUUUACAAAAGAAAUGUGUUUCACAGCUAGACGUACAGAUAACUUUUUUGCUGGUAUACACACCGAUCAAACUAUCGAGCAAACUUUAAUGAAGUCAAUGAGUGUCGAAGGCGGACCUUUUCGACGUGGAGCUACAGACAGUGUCGUCUAUCAAUGGAUUAAUGGAGUUGUUUGCACAAGCGACAUUAUUGAAGGAAUGGAAACUUUCUGCAAUAUUUCAUUCAAAAAAAGCCACCAACAUGCAGAUUUUACAGAUGCGAGAAUCACAAGAGGUGAUGCUGAAAUUAAAAAAUUGAAAGAAUGGCUUCAGUCUCACGAUCCUUUCUCCGAGCUGGAUGUAAUUACGAAUAUUGCAACAGGUGUUAUUGACCACGAAAAGACGAUCAAUUGCUACAAUGCCUUUGAUCAAGGUAUUGAGACUGUAAAGAAAAUAAACGGUCAAAACUUCAGAGAUUUGAAAUUGAAAACAUCACAAAAAGUUGUACCUUUGCUUGCUGCAAACAGUAAACUAAAAAUAAAUAACGAACACGUUCCAAUUGAUCCUCUCUUAUUGUUUCAACGUAUUACCGUAUUGAAGAAAUCUGAUACCGAUUUACAAAACUAUAUGAAGAACGAAUUAGCUCCUUACCUGUUAUCGUUGUACGACGACGCAGGAAUGUGA